AUGGGUAUUGUACUGAUGACAGGCGUGGUCUGGCAAAUCUAUGAAAGCCUUCUCCAUUUCGCAGUAUGCCAAGAACGCAUCAGUUUUCAGAUACUCUCUUCCCAUGUCAUCGAUCUAAAGACAUUACAUCCUUCAGCUGAUUCUCAAGGUAGAAUACAAAAGAUGCCUGCUCGCUGGAAUAAGGCAACUACAAGCCUUAAGCCUCCAUUAGUGGUUCGAACAACCCCCAGAAUUACAUUAGUAGGCCGUGGGAGAGCGGAGAGUAUCCCAUCUGUCCCUCUGGUUGGCCUGAGGAAUCCAAAGGAUCAAAAGGGGACCGAAGAAUGGGAAUCUGGUGCAGCAGUACCAUCGAAGCGCGCUCCAGUACUUGCGGAUGAAGGUAUCGGUACACUUGUUGUCUCCAAAUUACCGCUCGAUGAAAUGACGAUGGCGACGAGGACUCUUCGUGCGAUUCAAGAGGAUCAUAGUUUGUCGAAAUCUCGAUCUCCGGAGUUGCAGGAGGAGUCCCUGUUACGUGAUGUAAAGGUAGAGCAGUCGUCUUCCAUCACUAAAGAGACGAAACCUCCACCUUUGGUCACUAGCGCUGAGCCUUCAACCUCACACGGUGUUCAGAAGAAGAAUAAGAAAUUGUCUACGGAUACACUAGCAUGUGCGCAUCCGCAUUGUCAAUCGACAUUUAGCAGUGUAGACGAUUUGAUCUCGCAUUUAGUCAGUUUCCAUUGCCAACAUCAGUUCAGGCCGAGAAAGUUGACGUUUAUCUCACGGGAAAAAUAUGAGUUAUGGAGAGCAUCACAUCAAAAAGCCUUUGACACAACUAUGGUAGAGCACGGUGAACGGGAAGAAAGUGACGGGGUCAUCCGGGCACAUUAUUAUUGUUUGUACUGCAGUCAGUGGCGACAACAUAUGGAAGAGGUUCGAGCCAGUAAUGACGGGAGAUGUGGGAAGAUCAUGAUCGGAUGUCCAUCUCACUUCGUAGUCUCUCUCUGUAAGGAGAAUAACUACGUCUCGGCUGGACUGCGUUGUUUACGCCAUCUUGGUCAUACAAAAAAGGCUGUCUGCAAGCUCGAUCCACAGGCUGUUGAGCAGACACCAAACUCGCGACUUUACCGCGUUACGUGUUACCAAAACUAUACAUUAGGAUAG